UCAUUCGAUCGUGGAAACUGUCAAACAUUUUCCUUCAUUCGUAUAUUUUCCUCACCGAAAUCGAUUGCAUUGAUAACUUGAAUAAAUAGGUUCUACAUUCGUGAAAAAAAUGGGGAAAGCACCUCCCCAGCUGUUGGACGAUAAGUACGACCUGUCCAAGUGCCAGAUGUACCACGAGAAGAACUCUUUUGCGUUCUGGGUUGUGAUGAUUUUGCUCUUCUCGCUGGCGCUGGGCAAUCUAUGCCUGACGCUGACCAUCACCGGGAUACUCAAGAUCUAUAAAGGGAUGGAAAACAUCGAGCUCAUCCAGGGCGAAGAGACAGUCAAGUUCUUCGGGAACAUCGAUUUCGAUCGGGUGUACAAGAGGGAUGGCAAGCUGGAGGGGUUCCACGAUGAACCGAUGGAGAUAACUGGAGAAAAUGGGCCCGUGUCGAUCAACUUGGUCAACCGAAACGGACAUUCGCACAACAAAAUCCAUUUCUCGAAGAACGGUAGCGUUCUGAAGGGAUUAAAUCACUUCGAAGUGAAAGAUGCUGUUACGGGACGACAGGUCUUCUCCACUUCUCGUCCAUCGUACAAUAUGCCGGAAGGGGCCACGAUGUUGCACACCCAUCUGGUGAAUGCAGGUCGGAUUGCAUCUCCCAUCAACGACACGCUCAAGUUUCAAACGCGAAACAAGUUCACCCUCAAGGGAACCGAGGGGACACGAAUGGAAGCGAAGGAAAUCUUCUGGACAGCAGACCAGAACAUCUUUCUCAAAUCGGACAACGGAAGCAUGGUGAUCUUCGGUGGCAAUGGGGUGUACAUCAACGUCAAUAGUAUUCCAAUCGUGCAGGGAGAGCAUGGGCCAAGAUCGGCAAGCAGCCAGUACAAAUUGUGCGUCUGUUACCCUCAAGGCAGAAUCUUCCGCGUUCCGGUUCCGAAGUCGCACAAUAUGAGAGUAAAUUGCGCUCAUUUUGGUGGCCGAAAUGAUCCGUGUGCGUGAAUUCGGUCAUGUUCAAUUCAAUAAUUCAUUUACACAGGCAUUACUUUAGGAUUAAGUCGUAACGUGACAUUUACCAUAUCUUCUGCUAGUAUAAGAAAUAACCGCGACUAGUUUCAAAUACUCAUAGAUUCAAUCAGAAUAAAUCGAGUUUCUAAAAUUACGUAAA